AAUCUAUGUAUGAAAAAUUUGUUUUUAUAUGGAACUAUUUAAAACUUGUUAGAAAGAAUUUAAUCCUCAACUUAUAUUAAAUAUGGCUACCACGUAUAAAAGUAAAGAGUUGCUCAUGACACUGUAACUGUUAUAAAUUAAUAUGUUUUAAGCACUAAAUUAAUUUCUAAAAUGGUUACUUUUGCUUAAUUUUACUGCACAAACGGACAGUUGGUAUUUCUUACAUAAGUAUUAAAAGACACUAGAAAUAGCACUUAUUAGGUUAGGGGAUUCCAACAAUAUUGUAUUAUCACUAGUAUACUAUCUGAUCUGGUAUGAUUCAUUAUAUAUGAUUAAGAUAUAGAAUUCUGCUAUAAAAGAAAAUAGUUACUUCCUUUGCAGUUAUCAAAUGUGCAGUAUUAGAAUAUGACAUAAAAUACUGAUAUAAAAUUUUAAUAAGUACAUAUAUAGUAUUUUAAAUGGCUUUAUUAAGAAAUAACAUUGAGAUUUCUGGGAUUAGAGAAGAAAUGGUUAAAUUUAUACAAGGUAUAUAAAAUAUUCGUCUUACAUUUUUAAAAUGUUUAUCUGAUGAAAUAAUUCAUACAUAUAUAACAUCAUAUCUAAUCAUAUUAAUUAGCCAUUUUUUGGAACUGACUUUAUGGAAUGAGUGCCUAGUGUUGAGUACGUAUGUAGAAUAAACAAAUAAUUUGGAUAUUCAUAUUUUAUUCACACACAAUAAGGAAGAAAGAUAUUCGAUAUUUCUUAGAAAUAUACCUCUCGCAAUAACUGAUCAGAUAAGGUUAUAUUAUGGUUAUCUCUUUCUCUAUAGUAUUAUUCUAUCCUUUUUUGUUUACAUCAUCUAGUGGGUAUCUCGCGCAUUCAUCAGCUACAUCUGUCGUUAGUGUUCUUUAUAACUUUUCUUUUUCAUAAUUCUAACAAGUAUAAUUUAUGAAGUUGUGCAAAAAAUCUUAAAUGUAAUAUAAAAUCUAAGAUUAAUAAUUAUAUAUAGUUCGUAUAUUACAUUAUUACAACAUAUAUUACUAAUGAAUAUAAUAAAUAUAUGUCUUUUAAGAUUUUUAGAACAUUCCAUAAUUAUUAUAGAUAAAAGAUAUAAAACUCUCAUAAAUAAUGGUUCCUGUAUACUAUACAUUUCAUUACAAUAAUAAUAAAGAAGUACUGUAUAAAUGUGAAUUACAUGCAACAAAGUUUAAAAAAAAACAAUCAAAUCUAAACACUAGGAAAUGCAAAAUUUGUACUUCAAUAUCAUGUAACAAGAAUUGCUCAAAAGUGGUACAACAAGAACUGUUAAGCAAGGGAGUUGUGAUAAUGGAAUCUGGUAGUUUCGUAUGUAUAAUAUGUAAUCGUAAAAUUGAAUCAAUUCAUAAUAUUGUUUUACAUGUCAAAGGAAUAACUCAUAAGAAUAAAUUAAAAAGUCAAAAUAUUGAUCAAUCAAGUGCUAGUAAUGUUAUUGCGUUAACAACAAAAAUGACUAAACUAGCUAUUAGUAAUAGCGAUCACUCUAAUUUAAAAAGUUUUGAUAAUAAUCCUAUUAUAACAGAUACAGUGAGAGCACAAAUCACACAUAUUUUAUGUAAAUCACCAUUUGAAAAACAGGAAUCAAAAAAAUGCAAAUCAGAAAAGCAAUCUGUAAUAGAACAUCUGAAUAAAAUGUACAUUAAAAGAUAUUUAGAAAUUGAAGAAAAAAUGUAUAACAUUCAACAAAAAUUAGAAAGUAUUAAAAUAAAUUUGGAAUUAAUUAUGCCAUAUGAUGGAACAUAUUUCUAUUGUUUAGCAUGCAAUGAAAAAGUUUCAAAAGAAUUAUAUUUGGUAUAUGAACAUAUAUGUCUCGAAAAACAUAGGAAGCAAGUUGAUCAAGUUAAAAAAGAUAUAAACUUGUAUGUACUAUCAAGGCAAUACAUAAGGAAACUAUCAAACUCUUCAUUAAAGUGUUAUGUUUGUGAUAAUCCUGUAAAUAGUGAUAUGGCCAGUAUUAAUUUACAUAUACAAAGCAGUAUACAUAAAAAUAAGUAUGAAGAAUCAGCCAAAGUUAUAGAUGCCAUUUUUGAUUCUAUAUCACAAGAUAUUAAGAAUUUGUGGUAUAAUAUCCAGAGAUUUUGUUGUGUUUUAUGUCGAACAAAUUUUGAGUUUAAAUUAGAAUUUAUAAUACAUAUUAAUAUAAAACACAGUCAAAUUUUGAGCGAUCAAAUAUUUGACUUUUGUAUUCCAUGUACUACAUUAUGGUUAAGUCAGAGAGACUCUUAUACAGAACACUGUAAUGAUAUAUUGCAUAAAUAUUUAUUAAGAAGUCAAGAUUUUAUGAUUGAGGAUUUUCCUGAUGAUAUGAAAGGAAUGUUAACACAAAUUGAUGAGGUUUCUGAUAUUUUAUUUCAACAAACACAAGUUUUAUUGGAUGACAAUAUAUCACAGGAAAUGAAACAAUCUUUAGAAAAUAGCGUGAAAUUAUAUUUCCCAACUGUUAAAGGGUUUGUGUUUGGUUCAAGAGUUACUGGACUUGGAUUUCCAAAUAGUGACAUAGAAAUAUAUCUUGAUUGCGAAAAUACAUAUGGUCAGGACACUUCACAUGACAAUCAGGACAACACUUUAGCACAAACGCAUUUUAUGUUAAUUAAACAAGUUUUACAAGAACAAAAGGGAGAAUGGGAAAUAAAAAAAGUAGUGGAAAAAGCAAAAGUUCCUAUAAUACAAUUAAUAUAUAAACAAAAUGGUUUACAUUGUGAUGUAUCUACCACAAAUGGUCUUUCUGUUGAGAAAUCUAAACUAAUAAGGUCUUUCAAUGAUGCAUAUUUACCCUGUAGAAAACUAAUAUUGGUUAUAAAAAAAUGGUUAUCCUAUAUUAACUUACCUGAAAGACAUGGCUUAACGAAUUAUGCUCUUGCUUUGCUUGUUAUAUUCUACUUACAAAGAAAAUCUUAUUUAGAAAGUGUUGCAGAAUUAAUACAAGAAAAAAAUGAAUCUCAACUCAUAUGUGGAUGGGAAACUGGUGUUGCACAACCAAAAAAUAAUAAUAAAUCUGAACAGUCAAUUUCAAAAUUGUUAAUGGGUUUUUUUCAAUUUUAUACAAAUUUUGAUUAUCAGCAUUACAUUAUUUGUCCACUUAUGGGUCAACCUAUAGCUAAACAAGCUUUUGUAGAGUCAAACAUGCUGCCUAAAGAAAUGAAACCUUACACCAAACAUCUGAGAACCUCAAAAGAACCUGAAUAUUUUCGUAUUGAUUCUCCACUGUGUGUACAAGAUCCUUUUGAAUUAUCUUAUAAUUUAACAAGGGGCGUGACGAGUAUUACCUUAAGGUAUUUCAAGCAAUAUUGUCAAGAAAGUUUAUGUAUAUUACAUUCUUCGACAAAGUAAUUUUAUCUACAUCAACUACUAUUAAUUUUACAAUUGACAUAACUUUUAUACUACCUCUAUCGACGAAUAGAAAUAGUCGAUAAAACAAUAUUCAGAAAAUUUAAUAUAAGACGUUAAUAUAUUUUUUUAUAAUUUUAUUAAUAUAUAGUAUAUUUUUGUAUGUAAUGCUAUAAUUAGUAUAUAUUUCAUAUAAUGAUUAUAUAUAUAUAUAUAUAUAUAUAUUUUAUUUCAUUAACAUUUUUAAAGUGCUAUAACUAUUAACAAUCUUUCAAGGGACCUAACAUUUUGAUACUUUUUUUGAUUAUGUCAUAUUGUGCUAUCAAUUGUUAUUUUUCUUAUGACAUUGUAUGCUCAAAAAUAUAUAAGAAAAUAAUUUUUACUUUUAUUAUGUAAAGAUAAUCAAUUUCGAGUGUUGAUUUAAUUUUAGGAGAUAAUACUUAUUUUAUAUUUUUCAUCAACCAUGUUUAUUAUAUACGAUUUUUAGAAUGUAAAAAUCAAACUAUUAUUAUCAAAAUAAUUAUGUAUUUUGGAUUAUUAAAAUUGUUCUACAAAAUA